AUGUUAUCCAAAACAAAUGCUACUGAUGAUUUUAACAUUACUUCGUUAGAGAGAAAAGCUUUGCUUGCAACUAAAUGGUGGCCGGGGCAUUUAAAUGCUUCAUAUCAUUGUAAACGUUGGUCUGGAAUCAGAUGCAAUGAAGCAGGAAGUGUAGUUUCUAUAGAGAUCGACGACCGCAUUUAUGGUUCCUCUGAUGAAGGUCCACAUGAUCUGCGAAGCCUCGACUUUUCUGCAUUUCCGAACCUCGGUAGCCUUGUCAUUCGAAACUUUAGGCUUGAAGGAAGCAUUCCAGAGGAGAUUGGUUUGCUAUCAAAUCUGACUGAACUAUCACUUUCUUGGAAUCGCCUCACUGGUACGUUACCUGUUUCACUCACCAAUCUCACCCUUUUAGAACACCUCGAUCUUGAUGGUAACGAUUUCACUGGUAUGUUACCUGUUUCACUCGCCAAUCUCACCCAUUUAGAACACCUCGAUCUUUCUGGUAACAAUUUCAGUGGUAACAUACCCGUUUCACUCACCAAUCUCACCCAUUUAAGAUACCUUUAUCUUUCUGGUAACAAUUUCAGUGGUAACAUACCCGUUUCACUCACCAAUCUCGCCCAUUUAAGAUACCUUUAUCUUUCUGGUAACAAUUUCAGUGGUAACAUACCCGUUUCACUCACCAAUCUCGCCCAUUUAGAAAUCCUUAAUCUUUUUAACAACAAUUUCAGUGGUAACUUACCUGUUUCACUGAACAAUCUCACCCAUUUAAGAUACCUUGCUCUUGGUAAGAACAGUUUCAGUGGUAACAUACCUGUUUCACUCGCCAAUCUCACCCAUUUAGAAUACCUUUAUCUCGGUGGAAACCAACUUAUUGGUCCAAUCCCACCAUCUUUUGGUUCCAUGGUAGAUCUCACAGUCCUUGACUUGAGCACAAAUCACUUGAAUGCAUCUAUCCCACAGGAACUAAGUAACUUGCAACAUCUACAAAAGCUGGAUCUGGGCGAUAACUUUCUGGAUGGCCCACUCUCAAUUAUAAGUUUUCGUAAUCUUAGCGAACUAAUAUUUUUAAACCUCGGCAUGAACCGCAUCAGUGGCCCCAUCCCUAUAGGAUUAGCAAAUUUGACCUACUUAGAUUCUCUCGACCUUAAUCAUAACAAUCUUGAGGGUCCUCUUCCUCAAGAAUCUGAAAAGCUGUCAAAACUUCUAAAUCUCGAUCUUUCAUUCAACCAUUUGUCGGGAAACAUAUUGAAGUUUCAAAAUCCAUGUAAUCUGCAGCAUUUAGACCUAUCUAAGAAUCUUUUGACUGGGGCCAUCACAACACUAAGUUUUUGCCAUUUUUUGGACUAUGUGGACCUUAGUAGUAAUAAUUUAGUAGGAGAGGUACCGUUUUUAGAUUUAAAAUAUUAUUUCACACACAUUAAUCUUUCUAACAAUCAUCUGACUGGGAUCUUUCCUAAUAACCUACAAAACCAGUAUGUAGAUAUUGACUUAUCAAACAAUGACUUCACUACCGGUAACUUCACUAGAGGUAACUUCACUAGCGGUAACAUCACUAGCAUAGACUUCACUGGAAAAUCUGCCCACAAAAGCAACAAACACAUUGUCUAUAUGGGUAUUUUUCUUCCUCUCUUCUUUGGAACUUCCAUCUUAAUAUUUUGUUAUGUGCUUUACCGUCGUAAAAAGACCCCAACAAAUAAAACUCAUAUUGAAUUGAUAAAACACGGAGAUGUGUGCACAAUAUUGAACUACGAUGGAACAAUUGCAUAUGAAGACUUCAUCACGGCUACGGAGGACUUUGACCUCAAAUACUGCAUUGGAACCGGUGGAUAUGGCAGUGUUUAUGAAGCCAAACUGCCCAGUGGUAGGGUAUUUGCUUUGAAAAAACUCCAUCGGUUUGAAGCAGAGCAACCCGCAUUUGACCAAAGUUUUAAGAAUGAGGUCCAAGUACUAACCAACCUAAGGCACAAAAACAUUGUCAAACUGUAUGGUUUUUGUUUGCAUAACAAAUGCAACUUCCUUGUUUAUGAAUAUAUGGAAAAGGGUAGCCUGUUUUGCGCUCUGAGUAACAGUCAAUUUGCCAUCCAGUUGGAUUGGAUCAAGAGGGUGAACAUUGUCAAACAGGUAGCUCAUGCCUUGGCAUAUAUGCAUCAUGAUUGUAUACCACCAAUCAUUCAUAGAGACAUAUCAAGCAACAACAUUCUCUUGAACUCCGAGAUGGAAGGAUUUGUUGCCGAUUUUGGAGCAGCACGAUUGCUUGACUGUGAUUCGUCCAACCAAACAGUUGUAGCAGGAACCUUGGGAUAUAUUGCUCCAGAACUUGCGUAUAGCAUGAUUGUGACAGAGAAAUGUGACGUGUAUAGCUUUGGGGUGGUGGCACUUGAAGCAAUUUGCGGAAAGCAUCCAGGGGACCUCCUGUCAUCUUUAAACCGUUCUACUGGGCAAGAUAUAUUAUUAGACGAUCUAUUGGACCCGCGAUUGACUUACCCAACUGACCAGCUGAUCCGAACGGAAAUUGCUCGUGUUUUUCAAGUAGCAUGGGCAUGCAUUCUCACAGAUCAAAAGUCACGGCCCACAAUGAAAACCAUUUCACAAGAAUUUUCACGUUAAAACAAUCGUAUUCGUAUAUGCUCUUAUAAUAUAGUAUCCGCAAUUGUUUUUGCCGUAUUGUACUCGUAUGCUGUAUGCACCUGCUUUUUCAUUCGGAUUUCAAUAUUUCUAUA